AUGGCAUCGUCGAGAGAUAAUUUGAAGGUUUACCUCCGACUUACUGAAAAGAAAUCCGUCUCUCAAAACCCUAAAUCAUCAAAGAAGCCAAAAACAUCAUCAGUUGAAGAGAACAUAGAUCAACAAGUAAAUAUUAGCCAAAAAUCAACAAUGAAACAACAAAGUAGUAGAAAACGCAAAGAGAUUUCAGACAAUGUUAAAAAACAAGAGGAAAAACAAAAAAGGAGAAGAAAGAAAGUGGUGAUAGAAUCUUCAGAAGAUACAUAUUCUGUUUCAAAUGAUGAAAAUACUAGUCGAGCUAUAGUUCUGCAUACUUCUGAACAACAAGUAAAUUCAGAUGAUGAUUUUGUUGAUCCACCACCAAGAGUGAAACAGACAAAAUAUCAAAAGAAGGAAAAGGCAGAAUCAAAACCAAAGAGAUCAUUGAGGAAAGAUAAAACAGAAGAACAACCAGAACAACAACCAUAUUAUGAUUACGACGGAAAAAAAAUCAACAUAAGAUGUGCAGCCAAUAAUCUAAAAGAUUAUAUUGAAAAUUUAUCAAAAGAGCAAAGGAAAGUUGUUAGAGAAAUAGGGUUUGAGAGCAUACUAUCAUUCAAGCUGCAUUCAGUUCCACGCAAAUUCGGAUAUUGGCUGAUUCUAUAUGCUUACAAAAAACAAGGAUUUGACGAUGAAGAAAACACUGAAGAGUUCUCUCUAGAUAAAAUUGACUCUACAACAUUACAGGAAUUUGAAGAUGAAUUGGAAAUUGCUGCGCAAAAUGAGGGGAGAGGUCUGGUAAUGUAUAAAAAGAAAAAGGAAAAAAAUGUCAGAAAGAAUAAACAAAGAAAGAAAGAUGAGGAGGAUGAAUUUUAUGUUUAUCCAUCUGAAUCCGAGAAUGAAAACGAAGAAAUUUUUCAAGAUGAACCUGAAGAAAAAGAUGAAGACGAUGCUGAAGAACAACCAAACAUCAAUAUCAACUCAGAAGAGAUAGAAGAUGGAAACACCUUACUUUAA